GGAACGUGGGAGGAAACCGGAGCACCCGGAGGAAACCCACGCAGACACGGGGAGAACGGACAAACUCCUUACAGAGAGCAGCGGCGCCAGGUCGCUGGCGCUGUAAUAGUAUUAAGCUAACCGCUACGCUACCGUGCAGCAAGGGGGAAAAAAGAGUGUAAUCUAAAAUUGGAAAACUCAAUAUUCACGCCAAUGGAUUGUGGACUACCCUGGUGGAAUGCAAGAUUUUGUUCCCCGGCUGAGGAGUCACUGUCCCAAGAUACGAGGUGGGUAAUUUACAAAGUACAGGAGAGACUUGUUCACUCGGAGGCUGGUGAACCUUUGGAUUUCUUUGACGCGCUGAGUUUCUCCGGCAGUUUUGUUGUUUUGCCGAGUGGACGGAGACGGUUUGCGGUGAGCAGCUUCCGUCGGGCUCCUGGGAGGGCCCUGGAAGUCUGCCCAGCGUUGUAUUAGUCACCGGACGCUGCUGCUUGAGCCACCCUGUCUCACUGUCACCGCACUUGAUACAACCUGUUGUUUCUCCACACUCGCCUGCACCCUGACAGGGAGUGGAUUGGCUCCGAGCCCUCCGGAUGCACAUCCCGUGACAGACAGACUCUCCGCUGCCCCCACACUCCAGAGCAGUAGGGAGUGGUGAUUCCUGCAGAAGGAUUGUCGGUUACAGCAGUCUCUCACUGGUUGCCCCCUGCAGAGAACACCGUUCACUCCCGAACGGCCUCUGUCAAUCUGAUCUCCGCCCUCAGCACUUCACUGACCAACGACCGGGGUUCAGUCGCUGCGACGAGUCACCGCGAUGGAGAGUUGGAACGGACCGGCAUCACUCCUUUUCACCGUGUUGUCUCUCUGCUCUGGGCCGGGAAGCCAGGCAGUCUCCCACAGCUGGAUGUAUUUCUACCUCCAAUCUAUCAGCAUUUCUGAGCUGCCAGACUUCUCUAAGGUCGGCAUGUUGGACGACCUGCAGAUAGACUACUACGACAGCACCCUCGAAGAAGUAGAAUCCAGGCAGCAGUGGAUCGCAGACGGUUUCUCGGCUGAGUACUGGAAACAGCAGAAAGAAAUCACAGACAAUCUUCAUCAGCAUCUCUCUAUGCUUCUGAUACCAAUCCACCCGUUGUUUGACAUCAGCUACAUCCAGGGAAUCUGGGGCUGCACACAAUCUGGAAAUAUGUUCAAUGCGAUUCUAAAGUUCAAUGUCCCAGAUAUUGGAGAGAUCGGCUGUGACAUCGCCAAAGAGAAGUGUACAGGCACUGGUUUCCUGGCAAUGUUCAACAAUCACCUUAACCAACUCAAUCUCACUGACGGUCCUGAACUGAGGAGCAGCUGCGGUCAGGAUUUGCAGAGAGCUCUUCAGCUUGGUGAACAGGCACUUGAAAGGCAAGUUGCUCCAGAGGUUCGGGUGUUGAAAAUGAAGCCCACAGCUACCGAAGGCCAAAGUCUCCGGUGCAUCAUCACUCCCUUCUACCCCCGCGCCAUCAACGCCACUUGGCUGAAGAACAGGCAGGUGGUCUCCCAGGGUUACAAGGUGACCGUGCUACCAAACUACAACGAAACGUACUGGAUGGAGCUCGUCAUUGAGCUGCAGAGUAAUGAUUUGGAGAUGUAUACCUGUCAGGUCCAGCACAGCAGCCUGUCAGAGACACUGAUCCUGAAGGGAGGAGUUGGCGAGCCCCGUGGAGCUGGUCCCAUGCUGGGACUGAUGGCUGUGCUGGCGAUGGUCAUUGGAGCGGUGUAGGGGAGCAGCAAGGAGGGAGCCAAGGCGUCAUUGCAGAUGAGCGUUUGGUCCGAACUCAAGCCCAGCUCUGAACACGGCGUGCAGCCUCUGCCUGGUUUUGUGAUGCGUGGUGGCAAACCUCAGCGAGCUUAGUGUUGCCUCCGGUGUGGUAACCGGUUGGAUGAAUCUUCUGCAGCUUUGCAGCACUCCCGUUUAUCAAUGUUUUAACGAUUUCUCACAUCUCACAGGAUUCAGGUUUUACUUUGAGCCUCUCAUCCGCAAGGUUCUGCCUGAGAUGAGUUGCUCUCCCAACCCUAACUCCACUGCAAAGGCCGUAUGUCAGACCCUUGCUGUGAAGGGUUGUGCGAAGGCACGUUAAUGGGACAGAGCACAAGAAGUUUUACUGGGCAAUUGGAAGUGCCUAGCUGGAAGUGGGAAUGCCUGUUGUGGACAUCGGGUACCCAAGAGGAAUUCUUUCCUUUAUGGGAGAUUUAGUUUAAAAUAUGAGCAGAAACCGCUCGAUAAUGGGGUAAUUUGGGGAAAAGGUAUAAUUAUAAAAUAUGAUAAGAUAAGGUAUUUUUAUUCGUCACAUGUACAUCAAAACAGUGAAAUGUAUCUUUUUUACAGAGACUGUUCUGGGGGCAGCCCGCAAACUGUCGGCACCAACAUAGCAUGCCCAGAACUUCCUAACCUGUACAUCUUUGGAAUGUUGGGGGAAACCGGAGCACCCGGAGGUAACCCACGCAGACACGGGGAGAACGUACAAACUCCUUACAGACAGCGGCUGCAAUUGAACACGGGUCGCUGGCGCUGUAAUAGCGUCACGCUAACUGCUACACUACCUGCCCUGAUAACCAGACAAUGGUGUAGAUGUGGUUACCUCCCCUGUUGUGAGUUUGGAGAAACUUGGGUUGUUUUCUCCGGAGCGUCGGAUGCUGACGGGGAAACCUGAUAGAGGUUUAUAUAAUCACAAGAUACACAGAGAGACUGGGUCGUCAGUCUUUCUUUCCCAGCAGAGAAAUGACAAAAACCAAAAGGCACAGAUUUAAGCUGAGAGGGGGAAGUUUAAAGGAGAUAUGCAGUGAAAGCUUUUUACACCAAGAGUGGUAGGUGCCUUGAAUGAGCUGCCCGGGGUAGUGGUUGUGGAAGCAGACAUGAUAGUGGCGUUUAAAGACAUUUAGACAGACACGGGAAUGUGCGGGGAAUGGAUGGAUAUGAAUCAUAUGCAGGCAGAUAGGUUUAGCAUAAUUUGGCAUCAUGGUCGGCACAGACAUUGUGGGCCGAAGGGCCUGUUCCUGUGCUGUACUGUUCUAUGUUCGAAAAUCUAAUACAAUGACCUGUAAUGCUGUCGUAUCCUAGAACUGUAUGGUACUGGGCAAUCUGCAGUGAUAGAGGUGUCACCCUUUGCGACUGCCUUGUCGAUAUCACUGCUCUGGGCAGAGGGAGCAAUGAUUUGCUUUUUACCUGAAGACACAGUUACAUAGCAAGUAGAACCACUGCCUCACUGCUCCAGUGACCCAAGUUCAAUCCUGACCUCCAGCACUGUCGGUGUGGAGUAUGAACGUUCUUCCUGUGACCGCUUGGGACCUCCCAGUUUCCUCCCUCAUCCCAAAUGUUGACCACCGUAAGCUUCCCCUGGUGUGUGUAGGUGAGUGGGCGAAUCUCAGGGGAGUUGAUAAGAAAGUUUUGGGGUGGCGGGGAGUAAAGCGGUAUUGGAGUGAAUGGGUGGUGGACGGUUGGCACGGACUCUGUGGGCCGAAGGGCCUGUUUCCACGCUGUAUGUGUCUAUGAGCUGAUACAAGGGAGAGAACCUCGUAUGCAGGAGGGCCUGUUUUCCACUGCUGUGUUGGAAAGAGUUCCCCCUCUGGCCCUUUGCCUGAAAGACGUUGUGAGUGAGGUGUGAAGCAGACUCAAGACUGACCUUUCACAUCUGGUACCAGGUCAUCACCCAGACCAUGCUGAUGACCUCUACAGGUGUAGGAGAUCCCGAAGGUUUAGGGCAAUCGCUGUCCAGCGUCGAGCGACCAGGGAUUUGCAGCUGUGUCCUGUCACCUGAUCCCAGGAAUGCUGGAACCGAACACUGCACCCCUGUGUCAGUCGAUGUCUCCUUGGAAUUGGUAUUGGUUUAUUAUUGUCACUUGUACCGAGGUACAGUGAAAAGCUUGUCUUACAAACCGACCAUACAGGUGAAUUCAUUAUACAGUGCAGUUACAUUGAGUUACUACAGAGUGCAUUGAUGUAGUACAGGUAAAAACAAUAACAGUACAGAGUAAAGUGUCACAGCUACAGAAAAAGUGCAGUGCAAUAAGGUGCAAGGUCACAACGAGGUAGAUCGUCACGUCAUAGUCCAUCUCAUUGUAUAAGGGAACCUAUCAAUGGUCUUAGCACAGUGGGGUAGAAGCUGUCCUUAAGUCUGAUAGUACUUUGCCUCAGUCUCCUGUAUCUUCUACCCGGUGAAAGAGGGAGAAGAGAGAAUGUCCCGGGUGGGUGGGUUCUUUGAUUAUGCUGCCUGCUUCACCAAGAUAACGAGAGAUAAAGACAGAGUCCAAAGAGGGGAGGUUGGUGUCCGUGAUGCGCCGGGCUGUGUCAACAACUCUCUGCAGUUUCUUGCAUCUGUUGCCUCCAUGUGUUGGCGAGUUAUGGAGGAACGUUUGUGAUCCCGGCACUGAGUAUGAUCCAAGGACAGUCUGGGAUCAGGGAGCCCUUCAUCUUAAGAAACCUGAAGUGAGAUCACCGAGCGCUAUUAAUAAAUGUUCACUAUCCUUGUGA